AACCACACCACUAUGCCUCGCACAAGGGCAGGUUUACCGGUACCUAGCCCUCCAACGCCUAGAGGGCCUAUUCCUACUGCCCCUAGGCCUCCUACGCCACCUCUAAGCGACCAGCCAAGACGUAAGAACUGCGAAUUAGAUGUGAAUCUACGCACUCAAAUCACUACGUUAAAAGACGUUGCAAAGUGGUCUUAUCGUCAGAUUCAUGCAAAAUAUCCACAUAUACCGCUAUCAACGAUCAAAAUGACGUGUCUUCGAUCUCGAAUUCGACAUAAGGAAGAGUCCCGGAAACGAUCUGGGCGCCCAAAGAUCUUAGAUGAUAAUGACCGUCAAAAGAUCCUUCAAAAGAUCCACGAAGAUCCUCGAUCUUCAUACGAUGAUCUGCUCUCUGAGGUCGAUCAUAAGUGCAAGAAAGUCUCCAUCGCGCGCUUACUCUCUAUUGAGGGUCUCCGGAAGUGGCGAGUCAUGAAAAGACUAUAUCUAAAAUCCGAGCAUGCUGCAGCACGGCUUUCCUGGGCUUCACGUUGAACGUGGCUUCGGGCUUCGGCCGGCGUAUACCUUUAUUCGUCCAUCCGACCAAGCAGUCCAAGGCGAAGUUCAGCCAACACCGCAUCGUGGGUUCCAAGUUAAACAGAUGUUUUGGGCUGCAUUCUCUGGGUCGCUUCGUCGAAGCGGCUUAGUAGCCUUAUACGGAGACCCAGAAUCUCCUCGUCAAGGCGUGAAUUGCUUUGUGAUUCUUGAUUUAUAUCAGCGAAUUCUACCAACUUAUCGAUCCCGCUUCGAUCUUUCAACAAGAUAAUGCUACAACACAUACUGCACAGAUCGUACGCGAGUUUGUGGCAGAUCUUGGCCGUGAGAUUAUGAUUUGGCCACCUUGCUCACCGGAUCUUAAUCCAAUUGAGAACCUUUGGACUAUUUUAAAGCAGAAGAUCUAUGAGAUUCGGCCGGAUUUACUACAUAUGCGGAUGCCAAAUAACGAUACUACCCUUAGUAUUCUAGUUAAUACAGCUAAGGAGGCUUGGCAGCAGAUCGAUCUCAGUAUACUAGAAAGUCUAUCAGAGAGUAUGCCACGGAGAGUGCAGGCGAUUAUUGCAUCAAAUGGCUGGUAUACUAAGUAUUAGUUAGUUUUGAAUUAAUUUGAUUACGAUUUG